CUAAAUAGUCUGUGGUUUAAGCAAACAAAUAUAGUCUUUCUAAUCUUCGUCUGUGAACUAAAUAUUUUUAUCUAGCUUAAAUUAAUUUUAUUUAACUGUGAAUAUUAAAUAUUCAAAUAAUGGGAAAAGACGAAACUUCUAAAAAACGAAGGAAACUCAAUACUAGUUCUUCAAGUGAUACGAUUAAGCAAAUUCCAGUAGAUGUUUAUAAGCGUGUGGUAGAAUUUGAAGAAACAGAAGCACAACUGCGUCCAGCUGACAAGGAUGCUGUUUUAUUUAAAAAGAUAUGUCAGGACAUUCGGGACCUAUUCUCUGACAUAGUUGAGCUAAAGGCGAAGGAUACUGAGGAGGCUAAGGAGAAAAUUAAUGCAAAGCGCAUAGAAGCAUCACUACAUUUAGUAGCUUUGAAGAAACUCAAUAGACUGGAGAAAGUACGUACAAGAGCAGGUCGUGAUGCACUUCACAAGGAGAAGCAGAGAGUAGAUUCUACACAUUUGCUUUUGCAAAAUUUGUUAUAUGAAGCAGAUCACCUUAAUAAGGAAGUCACCAAGUGCCUCCAAUUUAAAUCCAAAGAUGAGGAGAUUGAACUGGUUCCCAUAGAAGAUUUUUAUAAAAAUGCACCUAUUGAAAUAUCUCGACAAGAAGUGACUAAAACUGAUGAGCAUCAACUGCAGCUAGCUAGAUUAGAGUGGGAGUUACGUCAGCGUCGAGAACUGGCAGGUGCAUGUAAUGAGCUAGUGGCGUCUAAAGAGAGAGUGGCAGCUGCUAUAGCCGCUACUCGUUCUCGACUUGAAGCUCUUGCACCUCAUCUAAAAGAUGUACUUAAAUCCACAAAACCACUACAGGAAUGUUUGGCACUUCGAUUAGAUGAAAAACGAGAUGAAGCAAGAGCUGCAUCCCUACUUCCUCCGCCCUUGUUUCUGCUCUAUGCGAAUGGUAGUGCAUAUUCUGAUGCAUUGGGUGCCAAAACCGUUACUGUUGGUAUAUCUGGCGAUGAAGAUGAUGCGAGAAGGUUAGAACAGCUCAGUAAUGUAGAUACAGAGCUAGUUAUUUCAAAUGAUUCUGAUUCAGACCAAGAAAACAAUGAUGAAGAUCGUAGAGAAAAAAAGAAGCGUCAUCACAGGUCAUCUAAGAUAUCCAAAGAAGAGAAGGCAGAAGCCAAGAAAAAAGAAGUACUUAGGAAACAUCCUCUCAGUGUUCAAGUGUCAGUGAAAGUUGCAGAUGGCACAGCAUUAAAUUUAAUAUUUUCCUAUUUACUGCAUUUAAAGAUUGUUGUUGUAAAAUUCACUGUAUCACUACCAAAACCAGUUACGGGGGUAUCAGCUGCUGAUGUUCUAAAUGGUCAUUGUAUCUUAAAUGAGCUUUAUCCAGCAGAUACUGGAAAUGAUUCUCCUCAUCCAGCCACAGCAUACUUGUUGAAUAAUGCAGGAAUAUCGGAAGAUUUUCAUUAUUUUAUUCCUGAAGUUGGUAGACCAUAUAUAUGGGCUCAGAGAAUGUGUGGCUUAGAUUUUAUGGCUGCUAUUUUAGAUAAACACAAAUCUAGUAAAGUCAUCCAGCCAAGUCAGAGUUUAAGUGUGACAACAGUAGAAAACUUCAUUUUAACUUUGAAAAAGAGAUUGAAGUCAAGAGUGGAACUGAUGAAGGAGUUGCAAGACUUGGAAUCAGGGAAAAUUAUAUCAGUCAAAGGGAAUUUACCUUUACGAUUAUCAGGAUCUUUGACCCAAUGGCAAUCAGUAGGUUGGCCAGAAUAUAGUCAGUCCCCUUCUACAGCAAAUCUAAUAGCUGAAAGUGUUGUCAAUAAUAAUGAUAUGCUAUACCGUGCUAUUAUAACAAGACAAUCGGCAAAGCUAGUGGCAUUAGUAGCUCUACGAAGUGACUAUCCAAAAAAAGCUCCAAUAUUUUCUCUCACACUUCAUUGGAAUGGAACUCAUCAUUCUGGAAUAAAUGAUGAUAUUAGGGAUAUCGAGAGAAUGAUAAAUACGCAAUGGUGUUCCGAAGAUAAUAAGCAGACUACUUUAUCAUUACAAAUGACUAAAUUAUUGACAUACCUUGAUAUUUUAUUAGAAACUACAGGUUCUUCAGAAUUUCCACCAGACAAAGUAAUGUUAUGCCCCGUCCGAGGCCGUAACAGAAUGAAACCAUAUAAGUUUUUAAAGCAAGGGACUGGUGUAUUUGUACAGUUUUAGAAACCACUUAACUUACUAUUAUUAGUGUCAUUUUUAAUGUCAUAUUUGGUCAGCCAAAAUGAAAAUAAAAACAAUUUAUAAAACAUG